AUGAGCGAGCACCCCCAGGAAGCAGCAGCUGUUGAAGGCACAGAAGGGACUCGAAACCUAGCGACAAACCAAUUGCAUUCAACAGGCGCAAGACAGACUAUAGAUAAUCCGUUUUUGACGUUCGAUGACACGAUUCCCGACCCCAAGACUCAACGGACCGAGCUCGAAGACUAUGUCUGGGAAUUUGCUUUGUUAGCCGGUCUCAAAGACCGCUAUGAACUGCUUCAGUUCGGCGCUCGUCUUGCUCGAGACAAGUAUGAGGCUAUGAGAAGAUACGCAGAUGAGCUUACCGAGCCCGAGAAAAAGCUCUUGGAGAAGGAGAAGGACAAGAGCACAGGGUUUUGGAAGCAGUCGAAGUUUCUCCGCGCGACAAUCAUGACCGCAAGUCUUGCCGGGAUGAUCCAGGGAUGGACGCAAAGCGCCAAUAACGGCACUGCUCAUGGCAUGCCAGAAGACUUUGAACUCUGUGUCCACAGGGGUGCCAGUUGUCCUUCAUCCGAUCUUUGGACUUUCGGAAUGCUGAAUGCCAUACCGCUCCUUUCCGCAGGCCUCUUCGGUACCCUCCUUGCAGAUCCGCUACAGGAGAACUUCUUAGGGAGGCGAGGUAGUGUGAUGCUGUCUUGUGGCAUCACAAUAGCCUCGACAAUUGGUGCAUCACUUACGCACAACGUAGGCUCACUCGCAGCUUGCCGAGCUAUCAACGGGAUAGCUCUGGGCGCAAAAGCGUCGAUAGUUCCAAUAUAUGCAGCUGAGAUAUCACCGGAGCAUAUACGUGGCGCUAUUUUGGCGAAUUGGCAGCUUGCUGAUGCAGCUGGCAUCUUUCUCGGGUUUCUGGCAAACUUGCUGGUUGUUGUUUACGUGGAGAAUGCCAAGUCCGCAUGGCGUAUUCUCACAAACACUGUACUCAUCCCUACGGUACCUUUGUUGGUGAUGAUAUACUUAAUGCCGGAAUCCCCGCGAUAUCUGAUGAAGCAUGGAAAGUACUGCAAAGCACUCGAAGCCUUCGAACAGGUCCAGACCACUCGGUUGCUAGCAAGUCGCGAUUUCAUGUAUGCGCAUGCUCAGCUGGAUUUCGAAAGCCGACUGUUAAAAGGAGAGACAAACGAGCUUGGUACCCUGGCCGAUCGCGUAGACAUCAGCGCGCCAAGCUUGUCCGGGGAGCCAUCUUCGCUACCACCGAACCGUGUGCAGUUAGAAAGAAUUGCUGCACAGAGAGUCGUAUCGCCAGGUCGAUCAACCUUGGAUCCUCGUGCCGAGAUAAAGAACUCAGGCGCAAUAGUGAUACCGAGCAAUAACCAGUACGAAGUCAGGCCGCAGCCCGAGCAGAACGAGAACAGUAACAUCGAGCUCGCGACUAUGAACAGGAGAUGGAGUGAUAUCUCAAGUCUAAAUUUCGAGGUUGGGAUCAGGCGAACGAAGAAGAGCAAUCCGUACUCUUACAACAUCGGUGUCAACGGUUACUACAAGCGUCUGAGGGAGCUAUGGUCCAAUAAGCGGUGUCGACGAGCCUUACUGUGCGCUUCCGUGUCCAUGAUCACCCAGACUUUGACAGGCGUUAAUACCAUCGCCUUCCUAGGCACGAUAGUUUGGCCCAACGCCAAGAGAAACAGUGAUCGAACAGCCGCGACGAUAGGUCUUGCCUUUGGAGCAGCAAAUUACGUGUUCGGGCUUCCGGCUUAUUGGUCUUCGGAUCGAUUAGGACGCUCCGUCAUGCUUUUGCUCGGCCUGCCAAACAUGGCAUGGUCGAUUCUAGUCUUUGCAUUCCUCUUCAAAAUUCCCGAUCCGUCCGUCCAGAUCCCGAUGGUCAGCAUCUUCGCGGUCAUUUUCGUCGCCUUUUAUGCCCCGACGGCUGGUACGUCUCCAUUCUCAAUCGCAGCAGAAGUCUUUCCUCUUGUGUCGAGAGAGGCUGGUAUGGCCGUUUCCGUCGCCGUCAAUCUCCUCGGCGCUGGUGUAUUGGUAUUAGUCUUCCCGUUCCUGCAGGACAGCAUUCGGCCGACGGCUGCAUUCUCCAUCUUUGCUGGCCUGAAUAUGGUGGCAUUCGUGCUGGUGUAUUUGUUCGUUCCGGAGACGAGAAUGCGGACCUUGGAAGAGCUGCAGUAUACGUUCGAUUUACCAACGGGAUGGCAUGUCGCGUAUCGUGUGGGGUACAUACGACAGCAUGUCUGGGCGAAUUGGUGGAAGUACUUGACUCGCAAGAGGGUCGAGCCGCCUAUCCCGUUUUACGAGUGGGCACGAGAGACAUAUAGAGAGAUGGAAGGUGCCAGCUGA